AUGUAUGGAUAUGAACCUAAUAGGAAAAUUUUGUCUACAAUGGAAGAGUUUCAGGAAGCUUUCCAAUUAUUUGACAGCAGAGGAGAUGGAAAAAUUCAUAUAUCACAAAUAGGGGAUGUUCUUAGAGCUUUGGGACAAAACCCUAUCGAAUCAGAAGUUAAAAAAUUUACCAAACAGCAUAAAGCAGAUGAGAGAAUAAGUUUUGAAGUUUUUUUGCCAAUUUAUCAGACGAUAUCUAAGAGUAGGACCAGCGACACAGCAGAUGAUUUUAUCGAAGGUUUGCGUCAUUUCGAUAAAGAUGGAAAUGGUUUUAUAUCAUCUGCAGAAUUAAGGCACUUGCUUACCACCUUAGGAGAAAAAUUGACAGAUGAGGAAGUAGAACAGGUACUGUCAGGUCAGGAAGAUUCUCAAGGGAACAUAAAUUAUGAAGAAUUUGUUCGUUUGGUCAUGACAGGUUAA